AUGGCCCUGGGACCCAGUCAGUGGUGGGUUCUGUGCUGCACAAGGGGCGUCUGGGAGGAGGCCAGUGGAGGUGGAGGAAAUGACCGGGUGCGCAACCUACAAAGUGAGGUUGAGGGGGUCAAGAAUAUCAUGACCCAGAAUGUGGAGCGGAUCCUGGCCCGAGGAGAAAACUUGGACCAUCUCCGCAACAAGACAGAGGACCUGGAAGCCACGUCAGAGCACUUCAAGACAACAUCACAGAAAGUGGCCCGGAAGUUCUGGUGGAAGAACGUGAAGAUGAUUGUGAUCAUCUGUGUGGUUGUUUUCAUCAUCAUCCUCUUCAUUGUGCUCUUUGCCACCGGGGUCAUCCCUUCUUAG